GUUUAUACUUCUCCUCCUCUUUUCGUUCGGUUAACGUCAUCAUUCGUUCAUUGGCCCGCAUCGCACGGGUUUAUAUGUUGCCCUCUACACAUAAAAGAAAUCAUUACAUAUUGGUUUAAUUUAUUAACCGAUGGUUAGAAAAUACGCGACAAAUUGUGUAUAAUUUUGAAUAGAACUGACAAUAAUACUACAGGCAUAUCAUAUGUGUACCUGAGGAUCAAUCGAAUUUAUUUUAUUUCAAAAUUAAACAAUUAUUCGAUUCAAAAGCUUGUUUCAUUCUGAAAUUCAAAUUUUAUUAGAGUAUUUAAGUUUAUGAUGCAGGUUUCAAAACCCCUCUUGAUGUGCUUUGAUUUUGAUAACACAAUCAUCAAUGAAAAUAGUGAUAUUAUUAUUAAAAAUUUGUAUCCUCAUGAUGUACCAGAUAAUGUAAAAAAACUAUGCAAUUCAGGAUGGACAGCAUACAUGAGAUCAAUAUUUCAAUUAAUUCACAGUAUUGGAGUACAAAAAGAUACUAUUAUCAAUUCUAUACAUGGAAUACCAGCAGUAUCAGGUUUUGAAGAUCUUAUCAAAAAUUUACAUGCCAAUAAUUGUGAUAUUAUAAUUAUUAGUGAUGCAAAUUCUGUAUUUAUUGAAACUUGGUUAGAAAAGAAACAAUUAAAGAAUUGUAUUGAUAAAAUUUAUACUAAUCCGGCAUGGUUUGAUGAAAAUAAUUUGUUACAUAUCAAGGAAUAUCAUCAACAAGAUUGGUGCAAGUUUAGUGAGAAAAAUUUGUGUAAAGGAUAUGUUCUUGAAUCUUACAUAAAAGAAAAAGCUGAUGCAGGAGUUAAAUAUAAUAUGGUAGCAUAUGUAGGUGAUGGUAGAAAUGAUUACUGUCCGAUGUUGAAAUUGUCUCCAAAUGAUAUUGCAUUUCCGAGACAGGAUAAUUACAUUAUGAAAAUGAUCAAUGAUUAUAAAAAUAGUAAUGAAUCCAUUAAAGCCAAAAUAAUCCCUUGGAAAGAUGGGAAUGAUAUUUGGCAAGCUUUAAGAGGUAAUUUAAACAUUUAAUAAUGUUUUUAUUAGAAAAUUUU